GGCGUCUUCCUUUCACAGCCAGCAGCAGUCUCACGCAGCGAGUCCCGAAUAUAUCGCAGCUGCUGGCUUGCCCCCUUGCGCGUCACUUACUUUGUAUAUAAAGGAAAGAGCGCUUCGUAGCUGCUCUAUCGCAUAUUCAGCCGCUCGCUUCUAGAAUCACUCGCUUUUUUCCCGUGGGGAGAUCGAACGUUCGCUACGCCAUUGCGGUCUCGUGUCGAUAUAAGAGACCGGGAGCUACCCCGCAAACCCCAGCAAUUCAGUCACGCAUCGCAACGCAAUGGCUCACGCAACACCGUCGGAAGCCGAAGUAGCAAGCACGCUCUCGCACCUCAAGCUCUCCACCAAGACGCCCGAAAAGCCCGCCGCGAAGCCCAAAUCCCGCCCCGUCGCCGACUCGUGGGACGAGGAUCUCGAUUCUGGCAGCGACACCGAAACCGAGUCUUCAAACCCUGCGUCCAACCUCUCGCGCUCCUCCACAAAAGAGCACUCGCCACUCUCCCCCAUAACCACCACCACCUCCGUAGACAUCCCGAACCCGCCGCCGCCGACGCCUGCGUCCCCGACUCUGUUCGCUUUUCCCGAUAACGUGCCGUAUGGCGUGGGCCCGGUGAAGAGCAGAGACGGGAGUAACGGCGGAAGCGGGGCGAAUAGUCCGGCCAAACGGCCGGAGAAGACGACGGCGGUGGCGGGACGGCUGAUUGCGGGCGCGUUGGGGGUGCGGGCGCCGAAGAGGACGGAGGAAGAGAGGGAGUAUGACAGGGCGAUGAGGGAGAAGGAGAGGAAGAGGAGGGAGGAGGAGAGGAGUAGGGAGAAGAGGGAGAAGGAGGCGGCCGAGGAGAGGAAGAGGUCUGUUUGGGAGGAUUGAUUGAGUGGGAUGCUGGAGGAUUGGGAACUAGCGUGGAAGGGCGGAUUUCUAAGAGGCGAAUCGACUUGUGCUGCGGCAUGGAUCGCACUUGUAUUUACGGACGCUUUUUUUCAGGCUAGUAGGGUCAUUGUGUGGUAUUCGGUAUGCGCCAUUGAGUCUGUAGGAGCUCAGUCGUAGGCAGGAAGGGUGUGUGAAUAGACCUUCUCGUGGUUUCUUUGCCUCAGAGCCCUGAGAGGGUAAUGUAUAUAUAUAGCCGUUGGUCAUGAAUAUUCGUAUCUUGAGUUGGGAUCGUAAAUCAAUGGUAAUCCGUGCGCAAGCAGGC